AGCAUCCAUGUAUUUCAGUAUCACUCUUAUUAACGGUUAUAAAUCUCGAUCGCUACGAAUGAGGAAAUAUUUGAUGCAAGCUUAAAAGAAAACUAUUCAUCUACAUGUUAAUAGUUUCCUUAUGCAUACAAAAUUAUCGAGAUAUUUUUUAAUAUCACGACAGUCAUAUUAAAUAGUUACAUUUGAUACAAAGAAAAGUGAGGUGUCGAUUACCUGACAGAAAUUUUAAUGAAUGGAUAUUACAAUGCAAGUAAAAAACCCUAUAUUUUAUUUCCUACUAGUUGGGUCGAUAUUUUGUAACAAUACUGGACGCCUUUACCUAUACAUUCCCGGAGAUCUUAUGUUGGGUGGACUCUUCCCAGUUCAUUUUUCGAAAGGUGAAGUAUGCGAUGCCAAAAUUGAUCCCGAUCUAGGAAUUCGUCUCUUGGAUGCCGCAACUUUUUCUCUUUCUGAAGUCAAUGUUUUCUUGAAAAAUGCAGGAAUAAAAUUGGGUUUCUUGGCGUAUGAUACUUGCUACAAUAUAAAUCCGGCCUUGGAACACUCGUUAGAAUUUGCUCAGCAAAGUUUCUACAAGAAAGACGGAAAAACUGGACAAAAUAACUGUUCUGCAGCAAUAAAUGGAGGCGUGAUCGGAGUGAUUGGUCCGGUGACCAGUAGACAGACACAACACGUGGCCAGUCUGCUGGGUCUAUUCAAAAUACCACAGAUAAGUGCCACUUCUACUUCUUCAAUCCUAAAUGACAGGCAGAAGUACAAGUAUUUCAAGAGAACAGUACCAUCCGACACGUAUCAAGCCAAGGGAAUUGUCGAGCUUUUAAGUGCAAAUGGCUGGGAAUAUGUGAGCAUUCUUUACGAAGACUCUAGCUAUGGUAGUUAUGGCUACAAAGACAUCAAAGAAUUUGCAAAACUUGACAACAUAUGCAUUGGGAAAAAUAGUUGUUGUUAUGUUUAUGCUGUAUCAGAAUGCAUACCAAAUUAUCCGCCGAGUUCAUGACAUGCGCAUUGAAGGCUUCAUAUGGAUCGGAAGUGACGGCCUAACGGGACGCGAUCCCCCAGAUGGACUAGAAAAUAUCAUGAACGGAGCUAUCGGAUUUACCCUGGAAACUUCUGAAUAUCCUGGAUAUCUCCAAUACGUCAAUAACCAAACUACAGAAAAGAAUCCAAAUCCAUGGUAUUUAGAGUUUCUUCAGCAAUAUUACCCAAACUGCACACUGGGAAACUGUGGGAAGAUUAAUAAA